UCCACUUCCCAUUUCGAUCUCCUUCGACACAAUCUCUGUGUCCGCCAUGGCCGCCGCUGCGAAGCUUCCCCUCCAAUCGAGCACCUUACACAACUCUACGGUAGGGGUCGCUCCUGCCCUCGCCCCCGCUCCGUCCGCUGCUGCCGCUGGCAAGAAGACCAUCGAGCAGAUUUACCAGAAGAAGACGCAGCUGGAGCAUAUCCUCCUCCGCCCCGACACUUACAUUGGGUCCGUCGAAAAGCACACCCAGAACCUCUGGGUCUACGAGAAUGGCGAGAUGGUCUACCGCCCCGUCACCUACGUCCCCGGCCUCUACAAGAUCUUCGAUGAGAUCCUCGUCAACGCCGCCGACAACAAGCAGCGAGACUCCUCCAUGGACGCCGUCAAGGUCGUGAUCGACGUCGAGGCCAACCUCAUCAGCAUCUAUAACAGCGGAGACGGCGUGCCAGUUGAGAUCCACCAGGAGGAGAAGGUCUACGUGCCGGAGUUGAUCUUUGGCCAUCUCCUAACCAGCAGUAACUACGACGACAACGUGAAGAAGACCACGGGAGGGAGGAACGGCUACGGCGCAAAACUCACUAACAUCUUUUCCACGGAGUUCAUCAUUGAGACCGCUGACGGGCGGAGACAGAAGAAGUACAAGCAGGUGUUUAAUGACAACAUGGGUAAGAAAUCUCAGCCCUCAAUUACAAAGUGCAAGGAUGGAGAAAACUGGACAAAGAUCACUUUUAGGCCAGAUUUGGCCAAAUUCAAGAUGACGCACCUUGAAGAAGAUGUGGUUGCUCUCAUGAAGAAGAGGGUAGUUGAUGUAGCUGGAAGUCUAGGCAAAUCUGUCAAGGUGGAGUUGAAUGGGCAACGAGUACCUGUGAAAACUUUCUCCGAUUAUGUAAAUCUGUAUCUUAAGUCCGCAUCAAAAGACAAAUCUGAACCACUUCCAAGGAUUGCAGAGAAGGUAAAUGAAAGAUGGGAAAUUUGUGUCAGUCUAAGCGAAGGGCAAUUCCAGCAGGUCAGUUUUGUAAAUGGUAUUGCCACGAUCAAGGGUGGAACUCAUGUAGAGUAUGUCACUAAUCAAAUCACAAAUCACAUAAUCAGCAUAGUGAACAAGAAAAACAAGAAUGCUAACCUUAAGGCACAUAAUGUGAAAAGUCAUUUGUGGGUUUUUGUCAAUGCACUUAUUGACAACCCUGCCUUCGAUUCUCAAACCAAAGAAACCUUGACCACUCGACAAGGAAGCUUUGGGUCGAAAUGUGAACUUUCACAGGAUUUCCUUAAAAAAGUUGCUAAGUCAGGGGUUGUAAAUACACUGCUCACGUGGGCUGAUUUUAAGCAAAGCAAAGAAUUGAAGAAAACAGAUGGUGCCAAGAGGCAGAGAAUUACAGGCAUUCCUAAACUUGAGGAUGCUAAUGAUGCCGGAGGAAGGAACUCGGACAAGUGCACACUGAUACUGACUGAAGGAGAUUCAGCCAAGGCUCUUGCUAUGGCAGGUGUCUCUGUAGUAGGCAGGAACUAUUAUGGUGUGUUUCCACUGAGGGGGAAGCUGUUGAACGUCAGAGAAGCUAACCACAAACAAAUUAUGGACAAUGCUGAAGUCCAGAACAUAAAGCAAAUCCUUGGUUUGCAGCAUGGGAAGGAGUAUGAUAGCACUAAAGGAUUGAGAUAUGGUCAUCUAAUGAUAAUGACAGAUCAGGAUCAUGAUGGUUCCCACAUCAAGGGAUUGCUCAUUAACUUUGUCCAUACAUUUUGGCCCUCAUUGCUGAAAGUUCCCUCUUUUAUGGUUGAAUUCAUAACCCCACUUCUGAAGGCUACUAAUAACAGAACCAAGACUGUCCUCUCAUUCUACUCCAUGCCUGAGUUUGAAGCGUGGAAAGAAAGUUUGGGUGGAAAUUCAAAUGGUUGGUCAAUUAAGUACUAUAAGGGGUUGGGCACGAGUAAAUCCGAAGAAGGAAAAGAAUAUUUUAAGAACAUAGACAAACACAAAAAAGAGUUCCUAUGGGUGGACGAGCAGGAUGGUGAAGCGAUUGAGUUAGCAUUUAGCAAGAAAAAGAUUGAAGCUAGAAAAAAUUGGCUUCGCCAAUUUGAGCCAGAGAAUUAUCUCGAUCAAUCAGAAAAGUUGAUUAAAUACAGUGAUUUCAUCAACAAGGAAUUGAUCCUAUUCUCUAGAGCAGAUCUACAAAGAUCAAUUCCUUCUAUGGUUGACGGCUUGAAGCCAGGCCAAAGGAAAAUUUUGUUUUGUGCUUUCAAGAGAAAUUUUGUUAAGCAGGCUAAGGUUGCCCAGUUUAUUGGUUAUGUCUCUGAGAACUCAGCUUACCAUCACGGUGAACAGAGCCUUGCUACUACCAUAAUUGGCAUGGCUCAAGAUUUUGUGGGCAGUAACAACAUAAAUCUUAUGCAACCUGAAGGACAGUUUGGUACCAGACACCAGGGAGGCAAAGACCACGCCAGUGCAAGAUAUAUUUUCACUUGCUUGGCUCCAAUCACAAGGUUUUUGUUUCCGAAGGAUGAUGACAUUCUUCUUGACUACCUAAGUGAGGAUGGGCAGUCAAUUGAACCUUCUUGGUAUAUGCCGAUCAUCCCUUUGGUUUUAGUCAAUGGAAGCGAAGGGAUUGGCACUGGAUGGAGUUCCUACAUUCCUAACUACAAUCCAAAAGACAUUGUUGCUAAUGUUAGGCGACUGUUGAACAAUGAACCAAUGAAGCCUCUGGAACCGUGGUACCAGGGAUUUAAGGGUCGGAUAGAGAAAUCUGCGACAAAGGAAGCUGGUGUAACCUACACAAUAACUGGUACGAUAGAGGAAAUCGACAGCACAACACUCAGGAUAACGGAAUUACCUGUUCGUAGAUGGACCCAGGAUUACAAAGAAUUCCUUGAGUCUAUGAUGACCGGGAACGAUAAGAUUAAGGAACCCUUUAUCAAGGUAUUUUUUUCUGAAAAAUUGUAUUUCUCAAUUCAAGAAUUCUACAAAAGAAUCAAGUUAGUUCAUUUCAACAUCAAUUAUCCACAGGACUAUCGGGAACACAACGACGAUAAAACAGUACACUUCGAAGUUACUCUGUCUGAGGAAAAUAUGAACAUUGCGCGGCAAGAAGGGCUUGAGAAAAAGUUUAAGCUGACGACUACUAUUAGCACCACCAACAUGCACUUGUUUGAUUCAAACUCUGUCAUCAAGAAAUACGAUACUCCAGAGCAAAUUCUCGAAGAGUUUUUUAACCUGAGAUUCAUAUUUUACGAGAAGAGAAAGAAAGCGCUGUUGAACAAUCUUGAGUUAGAUUUGCUGAAGUUGAACAACAAAGUGAGGUUCAUCCUUGGUGUAGUCAGAGAUGAGAUAGUAGUCAAUAAGCGAAAGAGAGCAGAUUUAUUCCUUGAGCUGCAGCAGAAGGGGUUCACACCCUUUCCAAAGAAAACAAAAGGCAUCGAUGCUGCUGUUGCUGGAACCACGGAAGAAGAUGGCGAACAAGAAGAAGAAAGCCCGCAAGCAGGAAAAGGAGGGGCAGUGGCUAGUGACUAUGACUAUUUGAUGUCCAUGCGCAUAGAUUCCUUGACUGAAGAAAAAGUCCAAGAGCUUUGUGCUCAAAAAGACAAACUAGAAGCUGAGGUGGAUGAGCUAAGAAGAACAUCACCCCAAACUUUAUGGUUGAGGGAGCUUGAUGCAUUAGAAGAGGAGUUAGAUAAACUCGAUCGAAAAGAAGCUGAGGCAGAGGGAGCGAGGAAGGAGAUGAGAAAGAACCACAUUGCCGGGGUUGCACCUUCGAAACAAGCAGCUAAGAAGCCGAGAAAAAAUACAGCAAACAAAUUAUCUGUCGAUGGAACAGAGAGUAGUUCUACGGGGACUGAUGCAGGCCAGAAGAAAUCUAGAGGAGGGGGAUCCAAGAGAGCUCCUGCUAAAAAGCAGCAAACGGUUGAAGAAAGCGACGAAGAAGAAGAGAUACUUGCGUUGAAAGACCGACUUGCGGCAUACAAUCUUGAUUCUUCCCCUGAUCAUGGAGCAAUGGAAACUGACACACUAGUAGUAGACCAGGAAAAGCCAAAGAAGCAGCCAAGCAGAAAUGCUGCUGCGAAGAAAGCAACAUAUGCUGUCCUAUCCGACGAUGAGGAUGACGAACCUGAACAUCACCUCAUGCCAACCAUCGAUGAACUCGACAACGAUGAUGAUUUCAGUAUCAAUGAGGAGGCCCCUAAAUCAGUGAAAGGUAAAGGGAGAAAGCCUAGGAAUGAAACUGCCGCCACCAGGAAGAGGGGUUCCACACAGGCAGCAAGCAAGGCCAACAGUCAGAAGCCCAACACCAACGUGCAGCCCGCCACCCGGGUGUCACCGGAGAAGAAGCUCAGGAAGAUGAGGGCGUCUCCUUUCAACAAGAAAAGUGGAUCAGUCUUGAGUAGACUAACAAGUUCUCCCUCCGCUAGCGAAGACUCAGGUGGCUCCAACAUCGCAGCAGCAAUCGAUGAAGUGGCAGCAGCAGUAACAGGAAGGACGAGACCGAAGAGAGACAACAGAACCAAAGCCAUUUAUGUGGAGAGUGAUUCUGAAGGAGAAGACGAGGUGGAAGAUGAUGGCACAGAGGAUUCUGACUUCCAGGAGGACUAAGAAGAUUAAGCAAAAGCAUCCAAAAUCUUGUAACUCUGGUUACUUGCUAGCAUGAACGUUCUCUUCAUGGAACUUGUAUUGUCGACUUUUAGUUGGAAAUUGUAAUUUGUACGAACGCCCUCUGAAUGGAACUUGCAUGGCUGUUAGAAAA